AUGCUGGAAUUGGGAUUCCCCAAGAGAUUUCAAGAUUGGGUUCUCCUCUGUGUCAAAACUGUUAGUUAUUCCAUCAUUGUAAAUGGAGAACCAGCUCCACCCUUUCCUACAGCCAAAAGGCUGAGACAAGGGGACCCACUGUCCUCCUUUUUGUUUGCUAUAGUGAUGGAGUACUUGAGUAGAAACCUACAUAGAUUGAAACAGGAGAAGCAAUUCAAAUUUCACCCUAGGUGUGCAAAGCUGGGAAUUACACAUCUCAGCUUUGCAGAUGAUCUUUUAUUAUUUGCAAGAGGUGAUAUCCUUUCUGCCAGUUAUAUCCAUCAAUGUUUCAAUCAAUUUGCUAAGGCUUCUGGUUUACAAGCAAAUUUGACUAAGAGUUCUGUGUACUUUGGUGGUGUUAAUCAAGCAGUGCAACAGGAUAUUUUACAAGCUCUGGGUACACAAAGGAUGGUUGCAAGAAUAUCUUCAUGGACUGCUAAGAAGCUGUCUUAUGCUGGUAGAACACAACUGGUACAAACUGUAUUAUUUGGCAUUCAAGCUUACUGGGCUCAACUUUUCAAAAUUCCUAUAAAGGUACUGAAGACUAUAGAAGCAUUCUGUAGGAGUUAUAUAUGGUCUGGGGAAAAUGUAAUCACUAAAAGAGCUUUGGUAGCUUGGGAGAGGAUGUGUACUCCAAAGAGUGUUGGUGGCCUUAUCUUAAUCAACCUUAAGCUGUGGAACAAGGUUGCUACUGCUCAGAACCAUUGGGAUCUUGCUCACAAAACUGACAAGCUCUGGGUUAGGUGGAUUCACUCAUACUAUAUUAAGGGACAACAACUUGACACUAUUCCUAUUCCUCAACAUGCUACUUGGAUGAUUAGGCAAAUCAUUGAUGCAAGACAACUGGUGAAUCAAUGUCAGGUGGUGGUAAGGAGAAAUAGAAGUUUGAUCAGACACAUAUACCUACAGCUGCUGGGACAACUAGACAAAAUACCAUGGAAGUGUGUCAUGUUAAAAAAUGAAGCUACUGCCAAAGCUAAGUAUACAAUGUGGUUACACUUUUAUGGGAAAAUGCUCACAAGUGAUAGAUUACUGAAGUGGGGAGUUGCUGCUGAUCCAGUAUGUGUGCUCUGCAAAUGGCAUAAUGAGACAAGGAAUCAUAUUUUUGCUGAGUGCGAUUUCACUAGAGGAGUGUGGGUGAGAUUACUAGCUUGGAUGCAGAGAUCAACAUACAAAGCUAGCACAUGGUCACAAUACAUGCAAUGGGCAACAACUAAUGCAAAGGGCAAAUCUCAAACUGCUACUAGAUUUCAAAUGAUGUUUGCAGAAACUGUACAUAUGAUAUGGAUUGAAAGAAACAAGGGCGGAUCUAUGUACUACGGUGGGGAUGCCACGGCACCCGGACAUCUCAAUUGA